AUGGGGGGUGAGUCAUGCAUGGGGGGUGAGUCAUGCAUGGGGGAUGAGUCAUGCAUGGGGGAUGAGUCAUGCACGGGGGGUGAGUCAUGCAUGGGGGAUGAGUCAUGCAUGGGGGGUGAGUCAUGCAUGGGGGGUGAGUCAUGCACGGGGGGUGAGUCAUGCACGGGGGUUGAGUCAUGCACGGGGGGUGAGUCAUGCAUGGGGGUCAUGCACGGGGGUGAGUCAUGCACGGGGGGUGAGUCAUGCAUGGGGGAUGAGUCAUGCAUGGGGGGUGAGUCAUGCAUGGGGGGUGAGUCAUGCACGGGGGGUGAGUCAUGCACGGGGGGUGAGUCAUGCACGGGGGGUGAGUCAUGCAUGGGGGGUGAGUCAUGCAUGGGGGGUGAGUCAUGCACGGGGGGUGAGUCAUGCGCGGGGGGUGAGUCAUGCGCGGGGGGUGAGUCAUGCACGGGGGGUGAGUCAUGCACGGGGGGUGAGUCAUGCACGGGGGGUGAGUCAUGCACGGGGGGUGAGUCAUGCAUGGGGGGGGAUGAGUCAUGCAUGGGGGGUGAGUCAUGCACGGGGGUGAGUCAUGCACGGGGGGGGGGUGAGUCAUGCACGGGGGGUGAGUCAUGCGCGGGGGGUGAGUCAUGCGCGGGGGGUGAGUCAUGCACGGGGGGUGAGUCAUGCACGGGGGGUGAGUCAUGCACGGGGGGUGAGUCAUGCAUGGGGGGUGAGUCAUGCACGGGGGGUGAGUCAUGCACGGGGGGUGAGUCAUGCACGGGGGAUGAGUCAUGCACGGGGGGUGAGUCAUGCAUGGGGGGUGAUUCAUGCACGGGGGGUGAGUCAUGCACGGGGGGUGAGUCAUGCACGGGGGAUGAGUCAUGCAUGGGGGGUGACUCAUGCACGGGGGGUGACUCAUGCAUGGGGGGUGAGUCAUGCACGGGGGGUGAGUCAUGCACGGGGGGUGAGUCAUGCACGGGGGGUGAGUCAUGCAUGGGGGGUGAGUCAUGCACGGGGGGUGAGUCAUGCGCGGGGGGUGAGUCAUGCGCGGGGGGUGAGUCAUGCACGGGGGGUGAGUCAUGCACGGGGGGUGAGUCAUGCACGGGGGGUGAGUCAUGCAUGGGGGGUGAGUCAUGCACGGGGGGUGAGUCAUGCACGGGGGGUGAGUCAUGCACGGGGGAUGAGUCAUGCACGGGGGGUGAGUCAUGCAUGGGGGGUGAUUCAUGCACGGGGGGUGAGUCAUGCACGGGGGGUGAGUCAUGCACGGGGGAUGAGUCAUGCAUGGGGGGUGACUCAUGCACGGGGGGUGACUCAUGCAUGGGGGGUGAGUCAUGCACGGGGGGUGAGUCAUGCACGGGGGGUGAGUCAUGCACGGGGGGUAAUCAUGCACGGGGGUCAUGCAUGGGGGGUGAGUCAUGCAUGGGGGGUGAGUCAUGCAUGGGGGGUGAGUCAUGCAUGGGGGGUGAGUCAUGCAUGGGGGGUGAGUCAUGCAUGGGGGGUGAGUCAUGCAUGGGGGAUGAGUCAUGCACGGGGGGUGAGUCAUGCACGGGGGGUGAGUCAUGCACGGGGGGUGAGUCAUGCACGGGGGGUGACUCAUGCAUGGGGGGUGAGUCAUGCAUGGGGGGUGAGUCAUGCAUGGGGGGUGAGUCAUGCAUGCGGGGUGAGUCAUGCAUGGGGGGUGAGUCAUGCAUGGGGGCUGAGUCAUGCAUGGGGGAUGAGUCAUGCACGGGGGGUGAGUCAUGCAUGGGGGAUGAGUCAUGCAUGGGGGGUGAGUCAUGCAUGGGGGGUGAGUCAUGCAUGGGGGGUGAGUCAUGCAUGGGGGGUGAGUCAUGUACGGGGGGUGAGUCAUGCAUGGGGGGUGAGUCAUGCACGGGGGUUGAGUCAUGCACGGGGGGUGAGUCAUGCAUGGGGGUCAUGCAUGGGGAUGAGUCAUGCAUGGGGGGUGAGUCAUGCACGGGGGGUGAGUCAUGCAUGGGGGGUGAGUCAUGCAUGGGGGGUGAGUCAUGCACGGGGGGUGAGUCAUGCAUGGGGGGUGAGUCAUGCACGGGGGGUGAGUCAUGCACGGGGGGUGAGUCAUGCACGGGGGGUGAGUCAUGCAUGGGGGGUGAGUCAUGCAUGGGGGGUGAGUCAUGCAUGGGGGAUGAGUCAUGCAUGGGGGGUGAGUCAUGCAUGGGGGAGGUCAUGCAUGGGGGUCAUGCACGGGGGGAUGAGUCAUGCAUGGGGGAUGAGUCAUGCACGGGGGGUGAGUCAUGCAUGAGGGGUGAGUCAUGCAUGGGGGGUGAGUCAUGCAUGGGGGGUGAGUCAUGCAUGGGGGGUGAGCCAUGCAUGGGGGAUGAUUCAUGCACGGGGGAUGAGUCAUGCUUGGGGGGUGAGUCAUGCAUGGGGGAUGAGUCAUGCAUGGGGGGUGAGUCAUGCAUGGGGGGUGAGUCAUGCAUGGGGGGUGAGUCAUGCAUGGGGGGUGAGUCAUGCAUGGGGCACCCCCCAUGCACGGGGGUUGAGUCAUGCGCGGGGGGUGAGUCAUGCAUGGGGGGUGAGUCAUGCAUGGGGGGUGAGUCAUGCAUGGGGGAUGAGUCAUGCAUGGGGGGUGAGUCAUGCAUGGGGGGUGAGUCAUGCAUGGGGGGUGAGUCAUGCAUGGGGGGUGAGUCAUGCACGGGGGGUGAGUCAUGCAUGGGGGGUGAGUCAUGCAUGGGGGAUGAGUCAUGCAUGGGGGGUGAGUCAUGCAUGGGGGAUGAGUCAUGCAUGGGGGGUGAGUCAUGCAUGGGGGGUGAGUCAUGCAUGGGGGGUGAGUCAUGCAUGGGGGGUGAGUCAUGCAUGGGGCACCCCCCAUGCACGGGGGGUGAGUCAUGCGCGGGGGGUGAGUCAUGCAUGGGGGGUGAGUCAUGCAUGGGGGGUGAGUCAUGCAUGGGGGAUGAGUCAUGCAUGGGGGGUGAGUCAUGCAUGGGGGGUGAGUCAUGCAUGGGGGGUGAGUCAUGCAUGGGGGGUGAGUCAUGCACGGGGGGUGAGUCAUGCAUGGGGGGUGAGUCAUGCAUGGGGGAUGAGUCAUGCAUGGGGGGUGAGUCAUGCAUGGGGGGUGAGUCAUGCAUGGCGGGUGAGUCAUGCAUGGGGGGUGAGUCAUGCAUGGGGGGUGAGUCAUGCACGGGGGGUGAGUCAUGCACGGGGGGUGAGUCAUGCACGGGGGGUGAGUCAUGCACGGGGGGUGAGUCAUGCAUGGGGGAUGAGUCAUGCACGGGGGGUGAGUCAUGCACGGGGGGUGAGUCAUGCACGGGGGAUGAGUCAUGCACGGGGGGUGAGUCAUGCAUGGGGGGUGAGUCAUGCACGGGGGGUGAGUCAUGCACGGGGGGUGAGUCAUGCAUGGGGGGUGAGUCAUGCACGGGGGGUGAGUCAUGCACGGGGGGUGAGUCAUGCACGGGGGAUGAGUCAUGCACGGGGGGUGAGUCAUGCAUGGGGGGUGAGUCAUGCAUGGGGGGUGAGUCAUGCAUGGGGGAUGAGUCAUGCAUGGGGGAUGAGUCAUGCAUGGGGGAUGAGUCAUGCAUGGGAGGUGAGUCAUGCAUGGGGGGUGAGUCAUGCAUGGGGGGUGAGUCAUGCAUGGGGGGUGAGUCAUGCAUGGGGGGUGAGUCAUGCAUGGGGGAUGAGUCAUGCAUGGGGGGUGAGUCAUGCAUGGGGGGUGAGUCAUGCAUGGGGGGUGAGUCAUGCAUGGGGGAUGAGUCAUGCAUGAGGGAUGAGUCAUGCAUGGGGGGUGAGUCAUGCAUGGGGGGUGAGUCAUGCAUGGGGGGUGAGUCAUGCAUGGGGGGUGAGUCAUGCAUGGGGGGUGAGUCAUGCAUGGGGGAUGAGUCAUGCAUGGGGGGUGAGUCAUGCAUGGGGGGUGAGUCAUGCACGGGGGGUGAGUCAUGCAUGGGGGAUGAGUCAUGCAUGGGGGGUGAGUCAUGCAUGGGGGAUGAGUCAUGCAUGGGGGAUGAGUCAUGCAUGGGGGGUGACUCAUGCAUGGGGGGUGACUCAUGCAUGGGGGGUGAGUCAUGCAUGGGGGAUGAGUCAUGCAUGGGGGGUGAGUCAUGCAUGGGGGGUGAGUCAUGCAUGGGGGGUGAGUCAUGCAUGGGGGAUGAGUCAUGCAUGAGGGAUGAGUCAUGCAUGGGGGGUGAGUCAUGCAUGGGGGGUGAGUCAUGCAUGGGGGGUGAGUCAUGCAUGGGGGGUGAGUCAUGCAUGGGGGGUGAGUCAUGCAUGGGGGAUGAGUCAUGCAUGGGGGGUGAGUCAUGCAUGGGGGGUGAGUCAUGCACGGGGGGUGAGUCAUGCAUGGGGGAUGAGUCAUGCAUGGGGGGUGAGUCAUGCAUGGGGGAUGAGUCAUGCAUGGGGGAUGAGUCAUGCAUGGGGGGUGACUCAUGCAUGGGGGGUGACUCAUGCAUGGGGGGUGAGUCAUGCAUGGGGGGUGAGUCAUGCAUGGGGGGUGAGUCAUGCAUGGGGGGUGAGUCAUGCAUGGGGGAUGAGUCAUGCAUGGGGGAUGAGUCAUGCAUGGGGGAUGAGUCAUGCAUGGGGGAUGAGUCAUGCAUGGGGGAUGAGUCAUGCAUGGGGGGUGACUCAUGCAUGGGGGGUGACUCAUGCAUGGGGGGUGAGUCAUGCAUGGGGGGUGAGUCAUGCAUGGGGGAUGAGUCAUGCAUGGGGGGUGAGUCAUGCAUGGGGGGUGAGUCAUGCAUGGGGGAUGAGUCAUGCAUGGGGGGUGAGUCAUGCAUGGGGGGUGACUCAUGCAUGGGGGGUGACUCAUGCAUGGGGGGUGAGUCAUGCAUGGGGGGUGAGUCAUGCAUGGGGGGUGAGUCAUGCAUGGGGGGUGAGUCAUGCAUGGGGGGUGAGUCAUGCAUGGGGGGUGAGUCAUGCAUGGGGGGUGAGUCAUGCAUGGGGGAUGAGUCAUGCAUGGGGGAUGAGUCAUGCAUGGGGGAUGAGUCAUGCACGGGGGGUGAGUCAUGCAUGGGGGGUGAGUCAUGCAUGGGGGAUGAGUCAUGCAUGGGGGAUGAGUCAUGCAUGGGGGGUGAGUCAUGCACGGGGGGUGACUCAUGCAUGGGGGGUGAGUCAUGCAUGGGGGGUGAGUCAUGCAUGGGGUCAUGCAUGGGGGGUGAGUCAUGCAUGGGGGAUGAGUCAUGCACGGGGGGUGAGUCAUGCACGGGGGGUGAGUCAUGCACGGGGGGUGAGUCAUGCACGGGGGAUGAGUCAUGCAUGGGGGAUGAGUCAUGCACGGGGGGUGAGUCAUGCAUGAGGGGUGAGUCAUGCAUGGGGGGUGAGUCAUGCAUGGGGGGUGAGUCAUGCAUGGGGGGUGAGUCAUGCAUGGGGGGUGAGUCAUGCAUGGGGGGUGAGUCAUGCAUGGGGGAUGAUUCAUGCACGGGGGAUGAGUCAUGCAUGGGGGGUGAGUCAUGCAUGGGGGAUGAGUCAUGCAUGGGGGGUGAGUCAUGCAUGGGGGGUGAGUCAUGCAUGGGGGGUGAGUCAUGCAUGGGGGGUGAGUCAUGCAUGGGGCACCCCCCAUGCACGGGGGGUGAGUCAUGCAUGGGGGGUGAGUCAUGCAUGGGGGGUGAGUCAUGCAUGGGGGGUGAGUCAUGCAUGGGGGGUGAGUCAUGCAUGGGGGGUGAGUCAUGCAUGGUGAAUGAGUCAUGCAUGGGGGGUGAGUCAUGCAUGGGGGGUGAGUCAUGCACGGGGGGUGAGUCAUGCACGGGGGGUGAGUCAUGCACGGGGGGUGAGUCAUGCAUGGGGUCAUGCAUGGGGGGUGAGUCAUGCAUGGGGGGUGAGUCAUGCAUGGGGGGUGAGUCAUGCAUGGGGGAUGAGUCAUGCAUGGGGGAUGAGUCAUGCACGGGGGGUGAGUCAUGCAUGGGAGGUGAGUCAUGCAUGGGGGGUGAGUCAUGCAUGGGGGAUGAGUCAUGCAUGGGGGGUGAGUCAUGCACGGGGGGUGACUCAUGCAUGGGGGGUGAGUCAUGCAUGGGGGGUGAGUCAUGCAUGGGGUCAUGCAUGGGGGAUGAGUCAUGCAUGGGGGAUGAGUCAUGCAUGGGGGAUGAGUCAUGCAUGGGGGAUGAGUCAUGCAUGGGGGAUGAGUCAUGCAUGGGGGGUGACUCAUGCAUGGGGGGUGACUCAUGCAUGGGGGGUGAGUCAUGCAUGGGGGGUGAGUCAUGCAUGGGGGGUGAGUCAUGCAUGGGGGGUGAGUCAUGCAUGGGAGGUGAGUCAUGCAUGGGGGGUGAGUCAUGCAUGGGGGAUGAGUCAUGCAUGGGGGGUGAGUCAUGCAUGGGGGGUGAGUCAUGCAUGGGGGAUGAGUCAUGCAUGGGGGGUGAGUCAUGCAUGGGGGGUGACUCAUGCAUGGGGGGUGACUCAUGCAUGGGGGGUGAGUCAUGCAUGGGGGGUGAGUCAUGCAUGGGGGGUGAGUCAUGCAUGGGGGGUGAGUCAUGCAUGGGGGGUGAGUCAUGCAUGGGGGAUGAGUCAUGCAUGGGGGAUGAGUCAUGCAUGGGGGAUGAGUCAUGCAUGGGGGAUGAGUCAUGCAUGGGGGAUGAGUCAUGCAUGGGGGGUGACUCAUGCAUGGGGGGUGACUCAUGCAUGGGGGGUGAGUCAUGCAUGGGGGGUGAGUCAUGCAUGGGGGGUGAGUCAUGCAUGGGGGGUGAGUCAUGCAUGGGAGGUGAGUCAUGCAUGGGGGGUGAGUCAUGCAUGGGGGAUGAGUCAUGCAUGGGGGGUGAGUCAUGCAUGGGGGGUGAGUCAUGCAUGGGGGAUGAGUCAUGCAUGGGGGGUGAGUCAUGCAUGGGGGGUGACUCAUGCAUGGGGGGUGACUCAUGCAUGGGGGGUGAGUCAUGCAUGGGGGGUGAGUCAUGCAUGGGGGGUGAGUCAUGCAUGGGGGGUGAGUCAUGCAUGGGGGAUGAGUCAUGCAUGAGGGAUGAGUCAUGCAUGGGGGGUGAGUCAUGCAUGGGGGGUGAGUCAUGCAUGGGGGGUGAGUCAUGCAUGGGGGGUGAGUCAUGCAUGGGGGGUGAGUCAUGCAUGGGGGAUGAGUCAUGCAUGGGGGGUGAGUCAUGCAUGGGGGGUGAGUCAUGCACGGGGGGUGAGUCAUGCAUGGGGGAUGAGUCAUGCAUGGGGGGUGAGUCAUGCAUGGGGGAUGAGUCAUGCAUGGGGGAUGAGUCAUGCAUGGGGGGUGACUCAUGCAUGGGGGGUGACUCAUGCAUGGGGGGUGAGUCAUGCAUGGGGGGUGAGUCAUGCAUGGGGGGUGAGUCAUGCAUGGGGGGUGAGUCAUGCAUGGGGGAUGAGUCAUGCAUGGGGGAUGAGUCAUGCAUGGGGGAUGAGUCAUGCAUGGGGGAUGAGUCAUGCAUGGGGGAUGAGUCAUGCAUGGGGGGUGACUCAUGCAUGGGGGGUGACUCAUGCAUGGGGGGUGAGUCAUGCAUGGGGGGUGAGUCAUGCAUGGGGGGUGAGUCAUGCAUGGGGGGUGAGUCAUGCAUGGGAGGUGAGUCAUGCAUGGGGGGUGAGUCAUGCAUGGGGGAUGAGUCAUGCAUGGGGGGUGAGUCAUGCAUGGGGGGUGAGUCAUGCAUGGGGGAUGAGUCAUGCAUGGGGGGUGAGUCAUGCAUGGGGGGUGACUCAUGCAUGGGGGGUGACUCAUGCAUGGGGGGUGAGUCAUGCAUGGGGGGUGAGUCAUGCAUGGGGGGUGAGUCAUGCAUGGGGGGUGAGUCAUGCAUGGGGGGUGAGUCAUGCAUGGGGGGUGAGUCAUGCAUGGGGGGUGAGUCAUGCAUGGGGGAUGAGUCAUGCAUGGGGGAUGAGUCAUGCAUGGGGGAUGAGUCAUGCACGGGGGGUGAGUCAUGCAUGGGGGGUGAGUCAUGCAUGGGGGAUGAGUCAUGCAUGGGGGAUGAGUCAUGCAUGGGGGGUGAGUCAUGCACGGGGGGUGACUCAUGCAUGGGGGGUGAGUCAUGCAUGGGGGGUGAGUCAUGCAUGGGGUCAUGCAUGGGGGGUGAGUCAUGCAUGGGGGGUGAGUCAUGCAUGGGGGGUGAGUCAUGCAUGGGGGGUGAGUCAUGCAUGGGGGAUGAUUCAUGCACGGGGGAUGAGUCAUGCAUGGGGGGUGAGUCAUGCAUGGGGGAUGAGUCAUGCAUGGGGGGUGAGUCAUGCAUGGGGGGUGAGUCAUGCAUGGGGGGUGAGUCAUGCAUGGGGGGUGAGUCAUGCAUGGGGCACCCCCCAUGCACGGGGGGUGAGUCAUGCAUGGGGGGUGAGUCAUGCAUGGGGGGUGAGUCAUGCAUGGGGGGUGAGUCAUGCAUGGGGGGUGAGUCAUGCAUGGGGGGUGAGUCAUGCAUGGUGAAUGAGUCAUGCAUGGGGGGUGAGUCAUGCAUGGGGGGUCAUGCACGGGGGGGUGACUCAUGCAUGGGGGGUGAGUCAUGCAUGGGGGGUGAGUCAUGCAUGGGGGGUGAGUCAUGCAUGGGGGGUGAGUCAUGCAUGGGGGGUGAGUCAUGCAUGGGGGGUGAGUCAUGCAUGGGGGAUGAGUCAUGCAUGGGGGAUGAGUCAUGCACGGGGGGUGAGUCAUGCAUGGGAGGUGAGUCAUGCAUGGGGGGUGAGUCAUGCAUGGGGGAUGAGUCAUGCAUGGGGGGUGAGUCAUGCACGGGGGGUGACUCAUGCAUGGGGGGUGAGUCAUGCAUGGGGGGUGAGUCAUGCAUGGGGGUGAGUCAUGCAUGGGGGGGUGAGUCAUGCAUGGGGGGUGACUCAUGCAUGGGGGGUGACUCAUGCAUGGGGGAUGAGUCAUGCAUGGGGGGUGAGUCAUGCAUGGGGGGUGACUCAUGCAUGGGGGGUCAUGCACGGGGGGUGAGUCAUGCACGGGGGGUUGAGUCAUGCACGGGGGAUGAGUCAUGCAUGGGGGGUGAGUCAUGCAUGGGGGAUGAGUCAUGCAUGGGGGGUGAGUCAUGCAUGGGGGGUGAGUCAUGCAUGGGGGGUGAGUCAUGCACGGGGGGUGAGUCAUGCACGGGGGGUGAGUCAUGCACGGGGGGUGAGUCAUGCACGGGGGAUGAGUCAUGCAUGGGGGGUGAGUCAUGCAUGGGGGGUGAGUCAUGCAUGGGGGUGAGUCAUGCAUGGGGUAUGAGUCAUGCAUGGGGGGUGAGUCAUGCAUGGGGGCGUGAGUCAUGCACGGGGGGUGAGUCAUGCACGGGGGGUGAGUCAUGCACGGGGGUUGAGUCAUGCACGGGGGAUGAGUCAUGCAUGGGGGGUGAGUCAUGCAUUGGGGAUGAGUCAUGCAUGGGGGGUGAGUCAUGCAUGGGGGGUGAGUCAUGCAUGGGGGGCGAGUCAUGCACGGGGGGUGAGUCAUGCACGGGGGAUGAGUCAUGCAUGGGGGGUGAGUCAUGCAUGGGGGGUGAGUCAUGCAUGGGGGGUGAGUCAUGCAUGGGGGGUGAGUCAUGCAUGGGGGGUGAGUCAUGCAUGGGGGGUGAGUCAUGCAUGGGGAGUGAGUCAUGCACGGGGGUUGAGUCAUGCACGGGGGAUGAGUCAUGCAUGGGGGGUGAGUCAUGCAUGGGGGGUGAGUCAUGCAUGGGGGGUGAGUCAUGCAUGGGGGGUGAGUCAUGCAUGGGGAUGAGUCAUGCAUGGGGGUCAUGCACGGGGGGUGACUCAUGCAUGGGGGGUGAGUCAUGCAUGGGGGGUGAGUCAUGCAUGGGGGGUGAGUCAUGCAUGGGGGAUGAGUCAUGCAUGGGGGGUGAGUCAUGCACGGGGGGUGAGUCAUGCAUGGGAGGUGAGUCAUGCAUGGGGGGUGAGUCAUGCAUGGGGGGUGAGUCAUGCAUGGGGGGUGAGUCAUGCAUGGGGGUCAUGCAUGGGGGUGAGUCAUGCAUGGGGGGUGAGUCAUGCAUGGGGGGUGAGUCAUGCAUGGGGGAUGAGUCAUGCAUGGGGGGUGAGUCAUGCAUGGGGGGUGAGUCAUGCACGGGGGGUGAGUCAUGCAUGGGGGAUGAGUCAUGCAUGGGGGGUGAGUCAUGCAUGGGGGAUGAGUCAUGCAUGGGGGAUGAGUCAUGCAUGGGGGGUGAGUCAUGCAUGGGGGGUGACUCAUGCAUGGGGGGUGAGUCAUGCAUGGGGGGUGAGUCAUGCAUGGGGGGUGAGUCAUGCAUGGGGGGUGAGUCAUGCAUGGGGGGUGAGUCAUGCAUGGGGGAUGAGUCAUGCAUGGGGGUGAGUCAUGCAUGGGGGAUGAGUCAUGCACGGGGGUCAUGCAUGGGGGGUGAGUCAUGCAUGGGGGGUGAGUCAUGCACGGGGGGUGAGUCAUGCACGGGGGGUGAGUCAUGCACGGGGGGUGAGUCAUGCACGGGGGAUGAGUCAUGCAUGGGGGGUGAGUCAUGCACGGGGGGUGAGUCAUGCAUGGGGGGUGAGUCAUGCAUGGGGGUGAGUCAUGCAUGGGGGGUGAGUCAUGCACGGGGAUGA